AUGGAAGGGAAGAAUUUGAAGAUGCUUUUUGUGAUGGUAAUAUUAGCAUUGGGAGUAUUCACAGGGCAGAGUCUUCCGGAUCAUGAUGAUUACUACAAGCGGUGUCAUGAUAAAUGCAUGGCACUAUGUCAAGCCAGAAAACUAGCAAUUCUUUGUCCUUUUACUUGUUGGAAAGAUUGUAAAUUCGAUCCGGCUUCUUUCAAUAAUGAGGUUACCGCUGCUGGUAACUACUGCAAGUUUGGUUGUGCAGUCCAGAAUUGUUUUAACAAAAACACUCCUCGAAAUCUUGGUGCACAAGAAGUAGAAGAUUGCUAUUAUCUACACUGUGGAAACAAAUGCAUGCAGUAA